UGAUCCCUGAGACACCACGUUGUUGUGCGUAAUUUCGCGAAUGUUCGAUUGCGAAAAAUUCAAUGAAUUUGCGAAAGCAUUUACGAGAUUUAAAUACAUAUAUGUUAUUUACCAGAUUGGAGGUCCGUAUAGGGAAAUAUUUCCCAAGAUCUCAAGGCCUUCUGUUGCUGUUGCUGGUCGGAAAAACUUAAUUCUGGUUGGAUGAUGCGCACAAUUCAAAUGAAAAGAAGCAAGCGAGAUAUUAGCCAUUUCCCCGAGAAAAAGCGCCGUGGAAUCAGGCCCUCAGAAUCCUCUUUGGAAAAACCGCCGUGGAAUCAGGCCCUCAGAACCCUCUUUGCAAUGGCGAAAUAUGAAACAGAGAAUAGCAAGACAGAAAAAAGUUUAACCCUUGGAAAUUUAUUCCACCAAGAUCUUCCUCGCGCUAUUUUUAUCCCGUUUUACCCAAGUUCCUUUAACGAUGCAUUUCGUUUUGUGAACAAUGAAAAAUACCGUAUUUUUAACAUACCUAAAUCAUCGAAUAAUUCGAAACGAUUCCUGGUUCCUCUCCGUAACUGCUGUAUCGCUGGUAACCAACUGCCCAUCUUAGUGCAUGAAUUACCAAGCGAAUUCCUCUUAGUUCACUGGAGGAAUUGGUGUCAUCAUUUUGUUGAGCCUGUGAUCAAAACAGUCGAUGAGGGGCUACAAAAUGACAAUGUGUGCAUCACGCUGUUUCCACUUGAAGCCAUUUCGAAGCAGAAGCACGCAGUCGAGCCAGAAAUGCACUACGAUAUCCUAAAGAAAUCUGCAAUCCCUGAAACUGGUGCGCCGCAUCCUAAAUAUUUCAACGAGACUUAUGUCGAAUUCCCAUGUAUGAUCAAGAUUGACCAAAGCCUCAGUGGUUAUGGCAACUAUGUGGUGCAAAACCGUGAAAAAUUCAGGGAGAAGUUAAAAUGGAUCACGGAAAGAUUUGGCUCCGAUGCAAUCUAUGUAAUUUCUGAAUAUAUUCAAGAAGUGCAAAGCACUAUCGAUUGUGGCUUCUACGUGACAAAAUCCGGAAACAUCAUAUACCUCGGAGUUCAAGAAUGCGUUGUGAACAAAGAUUUCGGAUGCAGUGGCGGAUCAGUUGACUGGGACAUGCAGGACAAGUAUAGGGAGAGAGUGUAUGAUAAAUUUGUGGUGCCUGUAGCGAAAUACCUACAUAACAAAGGCUACUUCGGAAUGGUGGGUAUCGACAUAAUUACAAGUCUCAGGGGAGACUAUCUGGUGGACCUGAAUCCUCGUAUAAACGGCAAUACAGCGUACCUCAUCCUUGCAUCAACCAUGGCAAAAUUGGGACUAACAAAGUCCCGAUACGAAAUAUGUGUAACAUUCAAUAUCACAAGUGAGGAAUUGGUUAAGAAAGCGAAUUCUAUCAACGAGGAGAAUCUCAGCAGCCGGAUUAUAAUUAUGGCGGCUGUUGAUGAAGGCGAGAAAUGUCAUGCAGCCAUUUCAAUAUUUUCUGAUAGUGAAGAAAUGGUCGAUUCUUUGUGUGCUGAACUCUGUCGAUAAUAAAACAUGGACAAGUGCAAAAAUACUCUCAGAUCACAUUAUAUGAUAAUAAUUAUUUUGUUAAAAAAUAACCUGAACUUUGUUCCCUGAAUUCAAGAAGCGAACUUUUAUCAAAAUGCAGACAUAGAAAUAAAUUUCUCUUAAGUAAUGUAACCUAAUACAAUACGUAUAUGUAUAUAUGCAAUCCGUUUUUCGUCAAAUAUGUAAAUAGUAUAUAUAACUAUGGCAACUAUAUAGCGCGACAUUUAAAUUCAC